AUGAGCCUCAAGACUGUCCUUGCCCUCAUCAUCAUCAACAAGGCCGGUGGCUUAGUCUACAACAAGACAUUCCACGAAGCUGGUCUCAACAAGAUUAGCACAAACGACUACCUAGUCCUGGCGGGAACAUUCCACGGCGUCCACGCCAUCACCGCCAGACUCAAUCCCAUCAAGCCCAUAGCCCCCCACCCAGGUACCAAUGGCGUAGCCAACCGGCCAGAGCCCUCAUCGGGGUUGGAAGUCUUGGAAACUGAGAAUUUCCGGCUUCAAUGCUUCACUACCAUGACGGGAACCAAGUUUCUCUUGUUUACGGAUUCUACGCAGGCGAAUGUGGAUGUUACGAUUAGGAGGAUAUACGACCUGUAUUCGGACUAUGUUAUGAAGAAUCCCUUUUAUUCGUUGGAGAUGCCUAUCCGGUGUGAUAUAUUUGACAGGAAAUUACUGUCGUACAUUAGAGAGAUUAACAAUCGAUAA